AUGGGAGACCGUAGCAUUCUGAUGGACUUCCUUUUGGCGAGCAUUGCCACGAGCGGUGCUUGCGUAGUAUCUAAUCCAAUGGAAGUUGUCAAGACGCGCAUGCAGCUUCAGGGUGAGCUAGCACACAAUGUGACGCAUAGUGCAGCACCAGUGGUGCAAUACCGUAACUUUGCUCAUGCCUUCUACACCAUCUGUCGCACCGAGGGCAUCUACGGCAUCCAACGUGGCCUUGGGCCUGGCAUUUCGUACCAGAUUUUCAUGAAUGGACCACGUCUUGGAUUGUUUGAGCCGCUUCAAAAAGUGUUUGGGGCUACAGACCCUACGUCUUACUGGUUUCCUGUGCGAAAUGUUUGCGCUGCAGCCACCUCUGGAAUGGUUGGCGCAUGUGCUGGAAGUCCAUUUUUUCUUGUAAAGGCUCGAAUUCAGGCAGCAAGCUCGGCCGGAAAGAUCAAUGCACAAUAUGCAUACAACGGAAUGAUUGACGGAUUUCGGCAAAUUAUUCAAGCAGAAGGACUAAAAGGACUAUAUCGAGGUGCGACAGCAUCGAUACCACGUGUAGCAAUUGGUUCUGGUACACAGUUAGCGACAUACACGCAGGCAAAAAAUGUUGUUCUUGCUGCAGGUAUUGAGAAUGGUGUAAAGGUUCAUCUUGGAUCAAGUAUCUUGACGGGCCUCGUGGUGACUACAGCAAUGAAUCCAAUAGAUGUAGUGUCAACACGCCUUUAUAGCCAAAAAGUCGUGAAAGGAAAAGGAAAACUUUAUUCAGGCGUUUUGGACUGUUUUUCAAAGACAAUGAAGAGUGAAGGGCUUCGCGGGUUUUACAAGGGCUGGUCAGCUCAUUACAUGCGGCUAGGACCACACACUGUCUUUACGUUUCUAUUCUGGGAGGAAGCUAAAAAAGUCGCUUCUGACCUUGGUUAUUAG